AUGCAGCUGCGGCAUCUGUAUAUUCAAGUAACGACUACUUUGAUAGGAAUAUUGGUUAUUGUUUGCUCACAAAAUACUCCACUAUUCCCCGUUUCUUGCGAGCUCAAUGUACUCAUUGUUCUUGACAGGUCUGACUCCGUUCUUGGAGGAUUCAAUAAAAGUAGAAAGUUUGUGACAGAUGUUUCUGAAGAACUUCAAAUAGGACCACGCAAACAUAGGGUUGCAAUGAUCGUUUACUCUGGUCCAAGUUAUAGAAGAGAGAUUUUUCCUUGGAAUUUUGCCAAAAAUAAUCAAGAAUUUGUUCGUAUAACAAAUAAUUUGCGAGCUAUUGGAGGAACAACUAGCACGAAGAAGGCUUUGGAAGUGGCCCUGGCAUUGAUGGAACAAAGAAAUAAGACGAUUCCAACGUUGAUAAUGGUUGUCACAGAUGGACGGUCUGCUGACGACCCAAAAAUACCUGCUUUGAAACUACAGCAAGAGUCAAAUACAUGGAUAUUUGCGGCAGCCACUGGUGAAGCAGAAAAAGUCGACAAACGGGAACUGUUGGACAUCACCGGCAACGUUAAUCAUAUUGUGCUUCAUCGAGGGAGAGAAUUAGCCACCGAUAUUACAAGACGACUUCUUCGUGAAGCACAGGAAAAAUGUCGAACCACUACGACAUCAACUACAACUACAACAACCACUACUACUACGACCACAACUACAACAAAUCCGGUCACGGGCUGCGAGAUGGAUCUUGUACUUGUCAUUGAUUUUUCAACUACAACCGAUCCGCUUGUGGACUUUUAUAAGGAUUUGUGCAAAAGACUCAUUAGUUAUUUGAGAAUUGGUCCUCGGUAUACACAGGUCGCUGUUGUGACAUUUGCUACAGUCGGGAGAACUCGUACGAGGUUCAAUUUGAAAAGGUACAAGACACAGGAGGAGGUGCUAAACGGGAUAGCAGCUUUAAAAACUCAUGGAGGAACAACAGCCAUAGGUGAAGGUAUCAGAGUGGGAACUAAACAAGAUCAAGUACGCGAAGGAGGCAGACCAGGAGUAGCAACUAAGGUCAUGAUUGUGUUUACGGAUGGAUGGAGCAAUAAAGGUCCAGCUCCCGAUGAGAUGGCAAAACUUGCACAUGAUAACGGUUUCGAGAUAUACACCGUAUCAUGGACGGGCAAAGUUGAUCAUGCCGUUCCGACGAAUCAUGACACUUUGGGAAAAAUAGCUCAAGAUGCCAACCACAUGUUUACGCAGAACAACUUCGACCAGCUAAUUGAACGACCCUCCGCUUUACCCACUAACCCACAAGUUUUACCCACCUUUACCCAAGCACAACCCCAGCCAGUGUGGACGAACUCUAACCCUCUGCCAAAUGCGCCACAGUCUAUACAGGCGAAUGCUCAGUCACAAGUGGGUCCCUCUAUUCAAAAUGCCCAAGCGCAACCCCAGGUUAACAGCAACCCUAAUUCGAAUGUCCCUGCUACCCAGCAGCAAAGACAGUCGCAGCAGAGACGACCAGGAAGAAAAGGUCGCAAGAAGCCGAAGAGGAAUGAAGAUGACCCGGAUGAAUAUUACUAUUAUUAUGAUGCCCCUCAGGGACAAGGGGAAGGAGACACUGACUUGCUUUAUGACUACUACGAUGGGUCGCAAGUAAAUAACCAGCCACAACAGUCACAAGGACAAGAAUUCCAAGCAAAUCAACAACAACAGGAAGCACUGCAGUCAGAUGGUCAGCAGGGGAACGAACAGCUUCAACAAUCGGAAACUCAGCAAUCACAAUCGCACAGCAAUCGAUCUCCCCAAAGAGAUCGGCACGUUUGUACGAGCCCUCGGGACAAUGAGACGACUUUCUUUAUUCCAUACGAUUCACUAAGUUUACCAACCUAUGGGCAACUUCUGCCUAGAAAUGGUCAGUUUACAAAGUCGUGA